AUGCUCGAUGCGUCGUUGUCCUCAGAUGACACUAAACGCAGGGCCAGCAGCGCUCGGGUUGGCCGGAGAGGCUCUGGCCUCCCCAGUAGCGAGGAAUUGCAGUGGGUGCGGGAGAACACGGAGUGGGAGCGUUGUUCGACAACACCGAGGGUGGCCCGUUCCGUACGGCUCAAAAACUCCAACGAACGUCGACGAUUACAAACUGUCAGACUGUCUCUUGAUCGCCAGCUAGAGCGAGAGCUACGCAGACUGGACUUCGAACGCAAUGAGUUUGUGGAGGCUCUCGAACGCGCCAGUGGCCGACCUCGGACCGCAGUCUUGCGUAGCGGCACUAGCCAACUAUUCGAAACUCGCGAAGCUCAAUCUCGGCUCUCUUCACCGACAGCUACAGUAGCAACAGGACUGGACGUUGAAAAGAGGCCACUCAUUGCAGCUGAGCUGGGUGUCGGUCGUCUGCGUGUCCUGACCACACCAAACACUCUUUGUGCUAGUGAAGGUUGCAGUCCCAAUAAUCCCUCGCCGAAACCUCUUUGGAGUACAUUGAGAUCAAACAAUUUGCCGGCUGGUGAGGUCGCGCAAGCAAAAGAUAACAGAUCACCGGUCGGUAGUUCAGGACAGUCCGUGGCCGCUGUUGCUCUUAGGCGGAAAAAGACGAAGGCGGAAGGACGCGGGGAUCGACUGUCGUCCGGAAAACCCUUCUUUUUCCUCUCUUCAGGAGAGCCAUCCUCCUUGGACAUACGACGGUUAGCACAUUUGCCGAGCACACCUUCCCUGUUGCGUUAUCAUUCGGCUGGGGCACUGUCAAAGAAGCCGGUGGAUUUUUAA